AACAUAUGGCCAUGGCUGACACAGAAACAGAGAGAGAGAGAGAGAAGUAGCCAGACUAAUAUUGAAAGUCCCCACUUCCUUUUUCUUCACUUCCAUUAUUUUUCUUUUUCUUUCUCAAAUAUCUUCACGUGAACCUGACUGUGUCCUUUGCCAUAUCCUCGAAUACAGCUGCUUCUCUUUUCAGUCUUCCACCUCUUUUGUCACGUAUUGCACCUCUAACCCCUCUCUGCAUAAUUUAGAUUAUAAACCAUAGCCAAUAAAAGGGUUGUAAAAAUUUCAAUCUCUGAACAUUUCUCCCUUCUUUGAAUUGAAAGAAGAUGAAAAUACAUCAGCUCUUAGUAGUUAUUUUUAGUAUUCUUCUUUUGUAUUUAUCUUCUUUAACCACUGCUUCUUCUCAUCUACAUUCCCAUUCCACUGGUAAUAUAUCUCUUCCUUCAGAUGCUUCAGCAUUGUUAGCAUUCAAAUACAAAGCUGACUUAGGUAACAAACUUGAGUUUUCUGCUAAUACAAGUUUCAGAUUCUGCAAAUGGAAAGGGGUACAAUGCUCAGAAAAGAAAGUGGUUCGUGUUAUUAUUGAAGGUUUAAGCUUAGGUGGUACAUUUCCUAGUAACACAUUGUCAAAUCUUGAUCAAUUAAGAGUAUUAAGUCUUCAAAACAACUCACUUACUGGUCCUAUUCCUGAUCUUUCUAAACUUAGUAAUCUCAAAGUCCUUUUCCUUGACCAUAACUUAUUCACUGGUUCAAUACCAGUUUCCAUUUUUACCCUUCAUAGACUCAAAACCCUUGAUCUUUCUUAUAAUAACCUCACCGGUUCAAUACCCGUUUCAAUUAACAGUUUGAACCGGUUGUACUAUCUUCGGCUUGACUCGAACCGGAUAAACGGUUCAGUCCCACCGUUAAAUCAAUCUUCCCUUCAUGUCUUCAAUAUUUCCAGAAAUGCCCUCUCUGGUCCUAUUCCGGUCACUAAAACGCUAUCUAGGUUUAAAACAACGUCGUUUUUGGACAAUAAAGGACUUUGUGGUGAACUCGUACACAAAGAAUGCCGUCCAAUACAACCUUUUUUCAACCCAUCCACUGCUGAUGUCGCCAAACAGACACCACCACCAUCAAGCCAAAUCGAAGAGUUACGAAGUGGGGCUCCAUUGGAUCGUAAAGAAAAGAAAAUCCAUAAAAGAUCUUUACUCAUUAUUGGUGUUUCGACAGCUUGUUUAGUCCUUUUGUGUUCGUUAAUAUUAUUAGUAUUAGUUACUAGAAAGCACAAGAACUCGAAGAAGUUGGGUAAAACAAAGAAAGGUAUAUUUGAUCCAAGUGUUACUGGGAAUGCAGAAGCAAUAAUAAGGAUUGAAGAAGAUAACAAUGAGCUAGAAGAGAAGGUAAAAAGAGUACAACAAGGAAUGCAACAAGUGAUAGGUAAAAGUGGGAGUUUAGUAUUCUGUGCAGGUGAGGUGCAGGUGUAUACGCUGGAGAUGCUGAUGAGAGCUUCUGCUGAGCUUUUAGGUAGAGGGACAAUGGGGACCACUUAUAAAGCAGUGCUUGAUAACCGUUUGAUUGUUUGUGUGAAGAGAUUGGAUGGUGGGAGAUUGGCUGGUACAAGUCAAGAAGAGUUUGAGCGGCAUAUGGAAUCAGUAGGUGGGCUUAGACACCCGAAUUUGGUUCCGAUGAAGGCUUAUUUUCAGGCUAGACAAGAAAGGCUUUUGGUUUAUGAUUAUCAGCCCAAUGGCAGCCUGUUCUCUCUUAUUCAUGGUUCCAAGUCAUCAAGAGCAAAGCCACUUCACUGGACUUCAUGCUUGAAAAUAGCAGAGGAUGUAGCUCAAGGACUUUCCUACAUCCACCAAGCAUGGAGGCUUGUCCAUGGAAAUCUCAAGUCUUCCAACGUCCUCCUCGGCUCGGACUUCGAAGCGUGCAUAGCCGAUUAUUGUCUCUCCGUGCUCGCUGUCCUCACGGACGAUGAGGACCCCGAUUCUACAGCCUACAAGGCUCCAGAAAUCCGGAAACUGAAUCACAACAACCACCACCACCGCCAAGCAAGUGCCAAGUCCGAUGUGUAUUCAUUUGGCGUUCUUUUACUCGAGCUUCUAACGGGGAAGCAUCCUUCGGAACAUCCAUAUUUAAUGCCAGAUGAUAUGAUCCAUUGGGUGAAGUCUACUAGAGAGGAUCAUGAUGGUAGUGUUGGACAAGAUAGUAAGUUGGAGAUGCUUCUUGAAGUUGCUAUGGCUUGUAGCGUGAGCUCACCGGAGCAAAGACCAACAAUGUGGCAAGUGUUAAAGAUGAUACAAGAGAUUAAAGAAGCUGUCACUAUGGAAAAUAGUCAUGAAAUAGACCUCCUCACUGGCACCUCUUAAUUAGUUCUUAGUUAAAUCUUAGUUAUAAAAUUAAAUCUGUAUUAUAUUCACUACAGACCGUUCAUUAUCAGUAAUUGCAAAAGAAACGAUCAAAAGGGGAAAGACUAUACUUUUGUUAGCAUGUUGAUACGUAGUAGCAAGUUUUAUCUAGCGUACUUUCUUCUUAUUUCACCUUAUUGGGCAUCCCCAAUUUCUUUGUCAA